AUGCAAGCUAAUAAGAAAAAGAGUGCAAAUAACCGAGGGAAAGUGCGGUGUCUAAUAAAUGCCGACAUCGUGAUUUAUAAACUAUCGAAAUCGCAAUUAAUUGAGAAGCUCCAGCAGACAGCUUCAGUAGACGGCGAUUUAGUUUUCAAGGAAAACGAUAGUAUAGAUACGUUGCGAAGAGUAUUGGCACGGCACGUACGAGAUCAAGGUAGCGCGAAGAUGACGGCGAACGGUAGAGAGAGUGACAACACAGAGAAGCAUUCCAAAGGGAAGGCAACUCACACAAUGGCAAACGAUAAUAACUCAAAAUUGGAAUUUCACUUGGGCAAGGACGAUUGGGAAACGUAUACCGAACGCUUAAAAUUGUAUUUCUUGGCGAACGACGUGGAAAACGCUAAGAAGGUGCCAGUGUUAUUAACUAAAAUAAGUGCGAAAGCAUAUAAAUUGAUAAGAGAUCUGUGUGCACCAGAUAAGCCUAUAACAAAAACGUAUGAGCAGUUAAUAAAGUUGAUGUCAAACCAUUUAUGCCCGAAACCAUCGGAAGCGAUGGAACGAUGUAAGUUCCACCAAGCGCAACAAGCGGCGACGGAAUCAAUCGCAGAAUUCGCGGCGAGACUAAAAAGAUUGUCAAUAAACUGUGGAUUCAAAGAUGCGGCAACAGCUCUACGAGAUCAACUGGUAUGUGGAAUAAAAGACCAUGCUACAAAGAUACUGUUGUUUCGAGAAGAAGGCUUAACAUACGACAAGGCGUAUAAAAUAGCAACGGCAGCGGAGGAAGCCGAGAGGAAUGCCACGUCCACGGAUAAACUUAAUACAGCUACGGCAGCGCAAACAAAUGUUAAUACAAUUUGCACAGUUGCCAAACCGAAUUGGAAUUACGGGAAGCAGCGAAAUAAUUAUCGUGGUAAACAAGGUCACGGAAAUGCAAAACACGCGAAUGGAAACACAGGCCCAUCGUCACAAAGCUCAACAGGCAGCAGAAAUUGUUACUGCUGUGGGAAGGCGAACCACUGGGCGCGGGACUGUUUCCAUCGCCAUAAAACGUGUACAAGCUGCAAUAAGAAGGGUCAUUUAGCCACGCAGUGCCGAAGGAAGAAGGAAGACGUCCAACAUGUUGACGUAGGAGCAGAGAAGGACAAAGGGACAUACGACUUUCUUAACCUCGAGCUAGGAGGGAACAGCGAGGAAUCAACAUGCGGUACCAUAGAAUCAAGCGGGGACAAGGUCAUAGCGGAACCUAUGUAUGUAAACGUCGCGAUAAACGGAAAAAGCGUAAAUAUGGAGAUCGAUACGGGUACGUACGCGUCGAUAAUAUCGAGGGAAAAUAAAAAUAAAUUACUUCCGACACUAGAGGUGAAAAAGUUAAGUAAAACGUUGAAUGCAUACGAUCAAACACCUUUAAGUCACGAAGGAAUAUUACAGGAUCUUGUCGUGAAGUUAGGCAAAAAAGAAGUUAAAGCAAAUAUGAUAGUAAUGUCGCGAGCGGGGCCGACGCUAAUAGGCAGGCAAUGGUUAAAACUCCUCGGGUUAUGGCCGCUAGCGAUUAAGAGCGAGUUAGUUAGCGAAAGAGUAAUACAUAAGAUGGAUGUAGCGAACGUAAGAAAUGAGUUUGUAAGGCAGCAUCCCACGUUGUUUGGUCCGGGACUCGGAGUAUAUAAUAAAGGUAUGCUGAAAUUAGUAUUAAAAGAAGGUGCGAAGCCGGUAGCAUUGAAAGCACGGAGACUACCAUUCGCGCUAAAUGAAAAAGUCGAAACAGAAAUUAAUAGAUUAGUUAAACUAGGGCAUCUGGAGAAAAUUGAAGUUAGCGAAUGGGCAACUCCUAUAGUGCCGGUAAUAAAAAAUGACGGAUCGGUCAGGAUCUGCGGAAACUUUAAAUUAACAAUAAAUCCAUGGCUGAUUAUAGAUCGCCAUCCUUUGCCGUUAAUAGAUGAGAUUUUCGCCGCGUUAAGAAAUGGAAAAACGUAUUCGCAAAUAGACUUGACACACGCGUAUAUGCAAAUUCCAGUAGAAGAGAGUUCUCGGAACUAUUUGGCGAUAAUAACGCACAAAGGACUAUAUAGAUACACGAAACUGACUGAAGGUAUAGCAUCGGGGCCGGGAGAUUUUCAACGGAAAAUCGAGCAGUGUUUGGCGGGUGUAAGGGGCGCAAUCCCAUAUUUAGAUAAUAUAUUCUGCACCGGGGAAACUGACGAAGAGCAUCUCCAAACAUUAAAGGAAGUAUUUGAUCGUCUGGGAAGUUGUGGGUUUAAAGUAAAUAUUAAGAAAUGCGACUUCUUUAAAGAAAAACUAGACAUUCUCGGAUUCGUAAUCGACAGGAAUGGCUUGCAUAAAUCCAUAACUAAAGUAAAAGCGAUGAGUGAGGCACCGAAGCCGCAAAACCUUAAACAAUUACAGUCUUUUAUAGGGUUAGUUACGUAUUAUGCGAGAUUUCUGCCGGACAGGGCGGAAAUGCUAAAACCGUUAUACGAGUGUGUUAAGGGAAGUAAGUUUGAAUGGACCAAAAGUUGCGAUAAAGCCUUUGAAUGGGUAAAAACUGAACUAACAUCGUCAAAAGUGUUAGCGCAUUAUGAUCCGAAAGAAGAGAUUAUCUUAGCGUGCGACGCCUCGGCGUACGGAUUAUCAGCGAUACUAUCACAUAAAUACGCCGACGGUAUUGAGAAACCGAUAGCUUACGCGUCCAAGGUCAUUUCGGACGGGGAAUUACAUCGAGCACCGAUUGAUAAGGAAGCAAGUGCAAUUAUAUUUGGUUUCAAAAAAUUUUACAAUUAUAUAUACGGGAAACAUAUCGUUUUGAGAACCGAUCACAAGCCCUUAGUAUAUAUUUUCGGCCCGAAGCAGGAAAUUCCAUUAACAGUAGCAAGUAGAUUGCAGAGAUGGGCUUACUUCUUAUCAAGAUUUUCUUACAAGGUAGAAUAUAUCCGAUCAGCACAAAACGGUAAUUGUGAUGCACUAUCGAGGCUUCCGAUAAGCGAUGUAAUGCCAGUGUUCGAGAAUGAAUACACAGCGAUAAAUUAUGUGCAAGAAAAUAUCGAAACACUAAAUGCGGUGGAGAUUGCGAGAGAAACAAAGCGCGAUAAGACGUUAAGUCAGAUUAGUAAAUAUAUAAAUGAUAUGUGGCCGAAAGAACUAAAUGAAAGCGAAGAAAAGUAUUUUACAAAACGAGAUAAAUUAAUAAUAGAAAAGGGUUGUAUAAUGUGGGGAUACAGAGUAGUUAUUCCAGAAAGAAUGAGAGAGAGUGUGUUGCGAGAGUUACACGCGUCUCAUUUCGGGACUGUGAAAAUGAAAAUGUUAGCGAGGUCAUAUAUGUGGUGGCCGAACAUUGACAGAGAUAUAGAAUUAGUAACGGCGGCAUGUUCGGUUUGCGCGCAAGAACGAAAGAAACCUGCGAAUGUACCGUUAACACCUUGGCCGUGGCCGGAUAAAGCCUGCAGUAGGAUUCAUUGCGAUUUUCUAGGUCCGUUUCACGGGCAUAUGUUUAUGCUUAUAAUAGACGCGCAUUCAAAGUGGCCAGAGAUUGUCGACAUGAACAAUUGUACUCAGGUACCGAAGGUGCUGGCGGAAUUUAAGAUGUUAGGUAGAUUUGGACUACCGAGACAUUUAGUUACCGACAACGGGAUCCAAUUCACGAGUGUUGAAUUUAGAGAAUUUAUGAGGAAAAACGGUAUUAAACAAAGUUUUUCAGCACCUCAUCACCCUGCUACGAAUGGGGCGGCGGAAAAUUUUGUUGGAACAUUUAAAAAUAAGGUCGAAAAAAUGGUUAAGAGUGGUAAAACACUUGAGUACGCGAUAAAUCUAUUUUUAUUUGACUACCGGUCAACUGAACAUUGUACGACAGGUAGAACUCCGGCGUGGAUGAUGUAUAAACGAGAGCUAAGGACAAGAUUCGAUUUACUUAAACCGGACGCGACCGACAACAUCGAGAAUAAGCACAUUGCUCAAAUAGCGGCUCGCAAGGGGCAUCGUAACGUCACAUUUCAAAUCGGUGAAGAAGUAAUGGUUGAUGAUUUUAGUGUCCGAAAUAAGAAACGCAGUCGGGGAAAAAUAAUAAAGCAGUUAUCGCCUGUAACUUUUGAGGUCGAAAUUUCUCCUAACUGUACGUGGAAGAGACACGUAGACCAAAUAAUUAAAAUUAGGGGAACCGACGAAUUAAUAGAUGGAACCGAUGCAGGAAGGGCGGCAGCCGAACAACAGAUGUGCGUGCGUCGUUCUGCGAGAUUAAAAGGAAAAGUAAACACGUCGUAA